CCCAAAGCCCCAUUCAUGCUCGGAGCCACGGCUGCUUCACACCGGGGGCAGAAAUGCUGCAGUGAGCAGAGCGGGGAUAAUCCGUCCUCUGAGCCCGAGCAAGGGCUUUUCUCUAAUUCACCAGCACAGACAGGGAAGCGGGAUUGGAUUGCUGGUUCUCAGGGGGCUGAAUCCUUAACGCACAGUGGCUGCUCAGCACAAGCACAUGCAGGAGAUGUGUACAGGGAGCAGAAAGGAGACGCAGGCUUUGGCAGCAAGGCUGCUGCUGGGCACUUGGCUCCAGUAGCAAGGCUUGUCCUUGAACAGUCAUUAUCAAAAUGCCAAGUGGCUCUGAGCCCCACGCGCAGAGGAAAAGCUCGGUGCCUUGACUUUGGACUGUACGUGUGUGUUCAAGUCUCUGCUUCCGAUGACUCUGCAGCCUUGGCCCGGGUCCAGGCUGGCGAUGGGUUGAAAGCGCAGCGAGUUUGUUGUGGUUCUGCGGCGUUCCUGGGGCUGUACCUCAUGUUCGGCUAUGGUGCCUCGCUGCUCUGCAACCUCAUCGGCUUCGCCUACCCUGCGUAUGUCUCCAUCAAAGCCAUCGAAAGCUCCAGCAAAGAGGACGACACCAUGUGGCUGACGUACUGGGUGGUGUACGGCGUCUUCAGUGUAGCCGAGUUCUUCUCCGACAUCUUCCUCUACUGGUUCCCCUUCUACUACGUUGGGAAGUGCCUGUUCCUGGUGUGGUGCAUGGCUCCCGUGUCCUGGAACGGGUCGCAGGUGCUCUACCAGAACGUUAUCCGGCCCUGCUUCCUCAGGCACCACCAGACCGUGGACAACGUGCUGGGCAACCUCAGCACCAAAGCCCUGGACGUGGCUUCCAGCAUCACCCGAGAAGUCCUGCAGACUCUGGUCAGCAGCAGAGCCCGGCUGGCGGCCGAGGGUGGCACCGCAGCUCAGCCUGUCUCCUCCGGAGCAGCCAUGAACCUGGCGCAGGAAGCGAAGAGCAAGUGAGAGCAGCCUCCGGCGCCACCGGCACCACGACCGCGGGCCUGGGUUCCCUGCCCAGACCCAUGCCCCACCGCUGCUGUCCCCAAUAAACCCCCCUCGGUGUUCCCCGGU